CUGCCACCCAUCCCAGAACACUCCUCGGUAGCUCUCAUGUAAGUACGCAUCGAAUCAAUCCGGAGCGGCAACCUUUGCGUCAAACUCAUCAUGCAGGUGACAUCAGUUUUCGCCGCUUGUUUGCUGCUAGCCAUCCUGUUCGUUGGCCCUACUGGCGCGCAAUGUCCCGCCAACUCGGAAUUUACCUCCGAUGCACCGUGCGAUUCCAUCUGCGGCGUUCCAUGCGACUUUAAGGGCGUGCGCAACAUUUGCAUCUGCAUGGACGGUUACUUGAAGGAUCCGAAAACGCAACAGUGUGUGCGCCAAAACCAGUGCUCCAUUCCGGAAGACAUACCGGUUCUUCGCCAAAUGUCUGCGUUCAGCUUUGCAUGCUUCGCUUGAUGCUGGAAGUUGGGCCAACAAACGCGGGACGCUGUUUGUUCAUUAUGAUACGAGAUGGAUUCAGGACGAGCUGUCAUAUUAAAAAUGCUAUAAAAUAAAGACUUAAAUUAAACAUUAA